AUGAGGCUCCUUCAGUGCUUAUCCCCAAGAGUUAUUACAUUGGUGGAGCAAGAAAUUGGACACGGGGGCUCUUUCUUGGACCGGUUUGUAAGCUCCCUACACUACUAUUCCACCAUUUUCGACUCGCUUGGAGCCUUCUUGCCUAGUGAUGAUUCAAGCCGUCAUGGCGUGGAGCAUUGCCUUUUGUAUAGAGAAAUUAACAAUGUAGUUGCAAUAGGAGGGCCAGCGCGAAGUGGCGAAGAUAAGUUGAGGCAAUGGAGGAGUGAACUUUUAAGAAAUGGAUUUAUACAAAUUCCAAUGAGUACAAACUCCAUGGCUCAAGCACAAUUAAUACUCAAUAUGUUCCCUCCUGCUCAUGGCUAUAGCCUUGUCCAUGGAGAUGGAACCCUCAGACUUGGCCUCUGGGAGUUGUGUGGGGGUAUUGUUGGAAUUUGGGAGUUUUUGAUUGAAUCAUUUGCCAUGGAUCACGUUGUGGGUGGAAAAUUUAAGCUUGGAAGGAAAAUUGGGAGUGGUUCAUUCGGUGAACUUUUUUUAGGUGUAAACAUACAAAAUGGAGAAGAAGUAGCCAUCAAGCUGGAAUCUGUGAAGACCAAGCACCCUCAGCUUCACUAUGAGUCUAAAAUUUAUAUGCUUCUUCAAGGAGGAUCGGGCGUUCCCAACCUGAAACGGUUUAGAGUAGAGGGGGAAUAUAAUAUUAUGGUUAUAGACCUUCUUGGACCAAGUCUGGAAGAUCUCUUCAACUAUUGUAAUGGGAAGUUCUCCUUGAAAACAGUAUUGAUGCUUGCAGAUCAAUUAAUUAAUAGAGUUGAAUACAUGCAUUCAAGAGGUUUUCUUCACCGUGAUAUAAAGCCUGACAACUUUUUGAUGGGCCUAGGGCGCAAAGCAAACCAAGUUUAUAUCAUCGAUUUCGGUCUUGCCAAAAAAUACAGGGAUCUCCAGACUCAUAAGCACAUACCUUAUAGGGAAAACAAGAAUCUCACAGGUACUGCUCGUUGUGCCAGUGUUAAUACACAUCUCGGAGUUGAACAAAGCCGGAGAGAUGAUUUGGAAUCUCUUGGUUAUGUCCUUAUGUAUUUCCUGAGAGGAAGCCUCCCCUGGCAGGGACUUAGAGCUGGCACUAAAAAGCAGAAAUAUGACAAGAUUAGUGAAAAGAAGAUGUUAACUCCUAUAGAGGUGCUGUGCAACUCAUAUCCAUUGGAGUUCACAUCAUAUUUUCACUAUUGCCGAUCAUUAAGAUUUGAGGACAAGCCGGAUUAUUCUUAUUUGAAGAGGCUUUUCCGAGACUUGUUUAUUCGGGAAGGUUACCAAUUUGACUAUGUGUUUGAUUGGGCUAUAUUGAAGUAUCCUCAGAUUGGUGCUAGUUCAAUAACACGAAAUUCCAGUGGAAAUGCAGGGGCUGGAACCUCUGGCGAAAGACCAGGAAGAACAUCAGUGGGGCAAGACAUUCGAGAUAGAUUCUCGGGUGCUGUCGAAGCUUUUUCCAGAAAAAAUAAUUCGGGUUCAGGUUGGCAUGGCGAACAUUCUAGACACAGGACAUCAGAUGUACCCUCAUCCAAGGAUGUGCAACCGGAUUCAGAAAAAGGCCAAUCUUCUCAAAAUGGAAGCUCUUCAAAGAGAGCUGCCAUUUUGAGCAACAGGCCAAGUUCCUCUGGUGAACCCAGAUUGGUAUCAAGAAUUGGUCAUUUGUCUUCCAUGCAAAGGAUUCAACCUGGGACUGAACCCAAAUCACCAUCUUUCUCUCGUGCUGCACCCACUAAAGGUACUCGCAAUGACCCUCUUCGAAGCUUCGAGUUUCUCUCAAUCAGGAAAUAA